AUGACACUCGGCCAGUUCGGUCGCUGUGGCGAGCCCCGCGGCUUCCCUGCUCUUGAGAUGGUGAUUGCCGGUGCGCCUGCGCCGUCGCCAGAGCGCAUUGCCGCCUGGUCGGCUGUGGCCGCAAGGCCUCCGCCGGAGCCCGAAAGGGCGACCAUGGCGACAAAUCCCCCUGUACCGCCGGAUCCGAAACCCGUGACAACAGUCUCUGAAAGGACUCUUCCCCACGCACCCGCGGAUCCCCUUGUCGCGCCAGAGGCUGGCCCGUCUGCCCCUGUUGCUGUUCCGUCCGCUCCGGCUGCAGCUCUUGGUCCCCUGGCUCUCCUUGUUGAGCCGUUGGCAUCUGCUCCUGCUGGGGAUGGUGUUGAUCCCCCUGUUCCUGUCCCUGGCGCCCCCGUUGCACCGCCCGCUUCUGUCCUCGGUGUGCCUGCUCCGGCUUCUGCUUCGUCACCGAAAGCGGCGUCCGCCACCACUGGCGGCCCGGCUCCGUCGGUUGCGCCUUCAGCAGCGGGUCAAUCCGCGCCUGCUGUGACGCCGAUGGCCUCGGCAGAUCAGCCCUCACGCCCCCCGUCACCUGACCGCCGCGUGUCUCGCCCCCAUUCCCCCGCGGCUCACCAGGAGCGCAAGUCGUCUCGUCGCCGGCGUGAUUCUCCACGGCGUUACCAGCAGCAGUCUCACUGGCCUGCUCACCCCGGUGGUCAGGGGGACUGGAGGGGUCCCCGCAGGCGCGGUGGUGGUGGGGGGUACCGCCCGCCCGUGACGAUGGCAGAUCUUCAGCGGGAAGUGUCGAGGGCGGUACGCGAGGAGAGGGCGGCGCAGAGCCAGAGCAGUUCGAUGCGCGCCUCGCCAGCCCACGAGGCUCCCCGCCAGCCUGUGCUCCCCUUGAGUCCACCGCUUGUCGCUGCACCCCCUCCUCAGGUUCACCGCCCAACGGCUCCUGCUCCCGCUGCCUCGGCACCCGCUCCUGGAUCGCGUCUCCAUUUGCCGCCGGCUCCGCCUGUUGCGGGGGUGGAAUUUGUGUCCGCGGGUGGUGGCGCGGCGGCGACUCAGUAUUCUCAUCAUGUUGCUGCUGAUGAGCCGCUCCUGUUCCUGGCGGAGGCGCUUCAGCCUCCGCAGACGCGUGUUCCCGAGGCGACGCUCGGCCAGCUCCACCGCCUUGCGGAGAGUCUCCACGCGUUGCUGUUGAUACAGGUUGUUGCUUACUCGUCCCUCCCCGUGAUCCCAACUGAGACGUUCCGUGACCGCCCGCGUGAGACAUGCUUGGACGCGGCAAACCAGCUCGCAGUGCUACUGGCACCCGUGCUGGCUGAGCCCGCGGAGGGUGGCGCUGCUGCUGCGGGACAGCUUGACGAGGCUGUCCGGGGUCUGAGGCGGCACUUGCGCGCAUGA